UGGAUGGACAAUGUUUCCUUUUUUGAAGGAAAGCGCUUCACUGUCGAAUCUGAUCUGUCCAUGUCCACCAUCUCGCUUUCUCCCCACUCAGUCGGCGCACCUCUCCCCCCGAGACAUAAAGGGAACAACCAGACCCGCGCACACAGCAUGCAGCCGAAAAACAAGCCGUCCGUGGAUGCUCACACACGACUGACUGACUGAGGCAGGCAGGCAGCCUCGACUGGUCGGUCCAUCGACGGAUCACAUCUUGGUGUCCUACUCCUUCCAGUUGGCCUCUUCUUCCUGGUCCUUCUCCCUGUCCAUCUCCUCCAACUGUUUUCUCACCUUCUCCACCAAGCGAUGCUUCAUGACCGCCUCCGUGAGGUUUGAGGAAGCUUACUCGGGGCCCUUUUCUUCCUUUGAGGCUGCUCGGGCAACGGGCUUUGCAGCCUGUGGCGCUGGGGUGACGGCCUUCGGGAGCGGAGAAGGGGGCGGGGGUUGGACUUCGUGCGUGGCGGCUUCUUCUAUGGGUGGCUGUGCGGGUGCAGGUUCGAAACCAGAGCAGCAGCUAGUGUCGCCUCCCUUGAUGCAGCACUCUGUGCGCAUCGGGUAGAGGGAGUCGAAGUACAACCUCGCCUGAGCAUAUAUCGAUCAUCGACAGACAUGUCAGCAUCCGAACAUCUUUUCAUUGCCUUAGUUUUAUUGAGUGUCGUGUUGUACCUGCUCGGGUGUGGGUGCGACCCAUUCACCCAAACCGUCACUCCAGACGGUUUGGCUCUUGCGGUCGAACCAUGUCUCUCUCGUGUGGUCGAAGUACCAACCAGUCUCCGGGUGGCGCUCAAAGUCCGGGGCUGCCUCCUGCUGCAGCUGCUGCUGGUGCUGCUGCUGCUCGUCUCGAGGCGACACCGGCUUUGCUUGCUCCUCUUCCUGGGUGGUGGUGCUGGUGCUGGUGGUGCUGGUGGUGGGCGCUUUAUCAUCAUCAGCGGCGGCAGCAGCAGCAAGUGACGCAGGCGAGGAUGCGGUUCGCGGCAGAGAGCCGGUGUCGGUCACCCUCCUGUUUUGUUCUCGGGGUAUGGUGUCCUCCUGCACUGGUGGCUGCUGGGCGUGCGUGACGGCGGUCGGCCUGAUGGCACCGGCGGCCUGGGGGGCUGGAUGGACCGCCACAGGCCGGAUGGCCUGAGACGUGGCGGACUUCUGCCACGACUGAUGCAAGAUGGAUCCCACGAGAACACACGCCGUGAUUGUUAGCCUCUCUCUCUGUGUGUGUGUGUGUGUGCGUGUGUGUGUGGAAGAAGUGUCACGCCUCACUCACCUCGGCUUCUGCCAGCACCUUCCUUCUGUACUUCUCGAGCUCCUCCUCGGAGACCUUCUCGCGUGCGGGCUCCUCUUUGUCUUUCUUUUUUUUCUUGCCCUUCUUCCUGGUCUCCCUGACUUUCUUGACGUACUUGGCGCAGCACCGGCACUUGGAGAACACCAGCCGCUCCAGGUUGUCGUUGUAAAGCUCUAGCAGACGAGAGUAGUCGUCCGCCAUUUGUUCGAUCUGCGCGGCGGUGUCCUUGGCCGUGACCGUGCUGCGAGAGUUCUGGAUGGCCUUGUUGAUGAGGCCACUGAUGCGCUGCUCAUGCAUUGGCUUCAGCAAGAAGCUCUUGGCCUCGGCGAGGCCACCGCUGUUGCAGAGAAAGCGGUAGUCCGACAGCCAAGGGGCGCUGGCGUUGAAGCGCUCAGCGACCUCGCCAUCCGCUGUCUUGAUUGUGCGAUCGGUCAGUCCCCUGUCGAGUCUGUAGCCGAGGUAGUUGUUGAAGAUGCUGUUUUCGAGUUUUUCUCGGUAGCGCUUGAGCCGCUGGGAGUAGCACUUGAGGUUGUCCGGACAGGUGGCCUCGGCGCUCUGUCCCUGACCGUAGGAGCACUCCGCCGCUACACACACACACACACAUACACACACACAGAGGGAGACAGACAGACAGAAACAGAGGUGUGUAGUUAGUUACGUCAUGGGUGUGUGUUGGUCUGGCUGGCCGGUCUCCUUCCUUCGUUGCGUGCCUUGUGUGAAUUUUAUCUUCUGUCUCUGGACGGAGCUCCAUUCGGCCUCGUAUUUGUUCCUCUCAGCGGACCUUCUCUCGGGAUGGCUGCACACAAAUAUCUCUGCACACACGCCACGCGUGAGGGAGACGAAGAGACGCGUAGCAUCCAUCAGUCUAGCAGCGGAGGCGUUCGGGCAAGACACGCUACCUGCUCCCUCCGGCUGCGUGUCCAUUUCAAGCUCGGAGUCACUCGCCUCAACGAGUACGCCUGCAUACCACGCCACGCACACACGACAAUGGCAAGAGAGUCUCUCAGCGCAAAGCACCGUGCGAUUGGGUAAUAUUGGCAUCAGCGGCCAGUCGAGGGGCCCGGAGUCCAGCCGCAGGGCCCAGGACGAUGAGCAACACUGCAGGCAGGACUGUGAGGUCCGCCCGCGCCGUCAUGAUUGCGGUGGGCCGCCGGUGGCAGCCGUUAAGGAAUGACGAAACCCUGAGCUGCCGCAGCACAACCAGCAGCCGACACUAAGUAUACCGGCUUCCUUGAGAUAAGAACCCC